UAAGCAGUACGACAAUUAAUUCUGCCCGAGGUCACUCAAUCGGGGCCCGCGGCCGACGACGCCGCGUUUGCCCAAUUAAUUAAAUAAAAAGAAGAACAGUAUACCAGCUAUGGCAGAGGAUCAGCCUGCGGUUGUCGCGGUGGAGACUGUCCAACCCGACGACAGCGACGUCACACGCGACGCAGGCGUCGCCCAGCUGGACCAGCUGCCCACGGUAGCCACUGCUAACGAGGUCCACACUGUCAAAGAACCUGUUCAAAAGGAAAGUAUGACUGAUGCUCCUCACCAGAAUGGUAAAAGGGUUAGCGUGGUGGAGCCGGGCGGGCGCCACAGCAAGGCGGACGGGCCGCGCAAGAGUCGCGCGAGCAAGGGCAGCAGGAAGGGCAGCGUCUUCGAGAAGCCGAUAGACCUGGACGACGUGCUGGUUAACGAAUUGGGACAAUUCGGUCGCUUCCAACUCACCAACAUUAUACUUGUCGCCUUCCCUAUCAUUAUGUCCGCUUUUAUGAGCGAAUAUAUUUUCUCAGCGGCUGCCAUUCCUCAUAGAUGCCAAGUAUCGGAAUGCGGUGAGAACAACAGGGACGUAGAGUUCCGCCCGUACUGGAUCAACAACGCCAUCCCACAGACGAGUUCUGGCGGUCUGGAGAGCUGCGAGCGGUUCAGCCCCGUCGGCGGGAACGGCUCGCUCAACUACUGCCCCGCCAACCUCUUCAACAGGGACUUCCGUGUCGAGUGCGAUGGAUUCGUGUACGAGAGAAACAACUCAGUUGUCUAUGAUUUCGACCUGGGGUGCCAGGACUGGCUGCGCGCGCUGGCCGGCACGCUCAACAGCGUGGGCACGUUGCUGGUGCUGCCCAUCACUGGCUACGUGUCGGACAGGUUCGGCCGCCGCGUCGCGCUGGUUGUGAGCGUCUUCAACCUCGCGCUCAUCGGCCUCAUCCGCGCCUUUUCCGUCAACUAUCCUAUGUAUCUCGCCUUGCAGUUACUUCAGACUACUCUUGGCGCAGGCACUUUCAGUUCUGCUUAUAUUUUUGCGGCUGAAAUGGUGGGUCCGAAGUGGCGUGUAGUGACGAGCGCGACCUCAUCGUCCAUGUUCGCGACGGGGCAGGUGAUCCUGGGCAGCGUGGCGUGGCUGGUGCAGCCAUGGCGUUACAUGAUCAUGGCGCUGCAUAUCCCCUGCUUCCUCAUUAUCAGUUACUAUUGGAUCCUGUCUGAGAGCGUCCGCUGGCUGCUCUCUAAACGGAAGUACGAAGAAGCGCGUGAAGUGCUGGAGAAAGUAGCCAGGUUGAACAAGAAGCAGAUCAGCGAGAAGUCCUUGCAUGCUCUUAUGAAUCCACCAGUGCCAGUGGUUGAGCCAGGCGAGGAAGAAGAGAAGCUCGGCCUCUUCCAAGCGAUAUUCCGUUCGUCAGUGCUGUUGCGUCGCGUGUUCACGACUCCGAUCUGGUGGAUCACCACCACAUUCGUGUACUACGGGCUGUCGAUCAACUCGACGGGGCUGUCGGGCAACAUGUACCUCAACUACAUCCUCACGUGCGCCAUUGAGAUCCCCGGCUUCUUCACCGCCGUCCUCAUCUUAGAUCGCAUCGGCAGGAAACCAACCCUCACCUGCGGUUUCUUCCUCAGCGCAAGUUGCAACAUUGCCUUCGCUUUCGUUAAUAGUGAUCUGGCGACGCUACGGCUGGUGUUGUUCCUGCUGGGCAAGUUCGGCAUCUCGGUGGUGUUCACGUCGCUGUACCUGUUCACGUCGGAGCUGUACCCCACCGAGUACCGCCACACGCUGCUCGCCUUCUCCUCCAUGAUCGGCCGCAUCGGCUCCAUCACCGCGCCGCUCACGCCCGUUUUGGCGGAGUACUGGGAAGGCAUCCCGUCGCUGAUGUUCGGCUGCAUGGGCCUGCUGUCGGGGCUGCUGGUGCUCACACAGCCCGAGACCCUGGGCACGCGCAUGCCCGACACGCUCGCCGAGGCCGAGGCCAUCGGCCGUAAGCCGCGGUGAUCAGGACACCUACUGUUGCUGCCCAUCUCAUCUACCUGCACUGUGGCUCGCGUGAGCGCCUGCACCCACACCUAGUCUGAGUACACUGGUAUUCACAAAUCAGACCUGACCUGCAGUGUUACAUUUACACAUAUUUUGAAGCUGCAUUUCGUGACGUUGACGCAUGGAUUGUAAGACAUAUUAUGUAACACUUUAGCGUUGACGCUCAUAAAGUUUCUAUCAAGAGGUCUAAAGAUCCUGUUCUUCUUUAUGUUUAUAUUUCAACUGAUUAGGCGUUAAGAGUAUUAAAAUAAAUAUAUUUAUACAACUUUA